CCAAACUGAACGCGCGCACGCCUCCUCACUCUCCCGUUCCCGCGCCGGCGGCCGGAAUUUCUCAGUUCUCACCAUGGCAAUGCCAGGCCAUGCUUACCUCCUGCUCUGCCUCGUCCUCCCAUUCUGCCUUCCGCGCCACGCCGCGGCGCAGCAGGUCGACGAGCAGCAGGUCCUGCUCCGGAUCAAGGCCGCGUGGGGUUCCCCGCCGGCGCUCGCGUCAUGGUCCUCCAACGCCUCCUCGCACUGCACCGGCUGGGCCUUCGUCUCCUGCGACGGCGCGGGCCGGGUGAGCUCCCUCUCCCUCCCGAACGUCGCCGUCUCCGGCCCCGUCCCCGACGCGAUCGGCGAGCUGACGAGCCUCGCCACGCUCAACCUCCAAAACACCACCGUCAGCGGCGGCUUCCCGUCCUUCCUCUACAACCUCACCGCCCUCACCUACCUCGACCUCUCAUCGAACAACCUCGCGGGCGACCUCCCCGCCGACAUCGGCCGCCUGGGCAAGAACCUCACGCACCUCGCCCUCGACAACAACUUCUUCACCGGCGCGGUGCCGCCCACGCUCUCGCAACUCAAGAACCUGACGCACCUCGCCCUCAACAGCAAUCAGCUCACCGGCACCGUCCCCACGGAGCUCGGCGAGCUGACGGGGCUCCAGACGCUCAAGCUCGAGCUGAAUAACUUCAGUCCGGGCAAGCUGCCCGGCUCGUUCAAGAACCUGACGAAGCUGGCCACCGUCUGGCUCGCCAGCUCCGCCCUCACCGGCGAGUUCCCUGCCUACGUCACGGGGAUGUCCGAGCUGGUCUGGCUCGACCUGUCCAACAACUCCUUCACCGGGAGCAUCCCCCCGGCCAUCUGGAACCUCCCCAAGCUUCAGACGCUGUACCUGUACUCCAACUACCUCGCCGGCGACCUCGUCAUCGACGGCGCGAUCGGGGCGGCGGGGCUGGAACAGAUCGACGUGUCCUUCAACGACCUCACCGGAGCCAUCCCGGAAGAGUUCGGUAAUCUCACGAAGCUGGUGCAUCUGAACUUGAACACCAACAGCUUCUCCGGCGAGAUACCGGCCAGCCUCGCGCGGCUGCCGUCGCUGGUGUUCCUGUGGCUGUUCGCCAACAAGCUCACCGGACCCCUCCCGGCGGAGCUCGGCAUGCACUCGCCGGUGCUAAGGGACAUCCAGGUCGACGACAACGACCUCUCCGGCCCGAUACCGGCGGGCGUCUGCCAGAACCGCGGGCUGUGGAUCAUCUCCGCCUCCAACAACAGCCUCAACGGCUCCAUCCCGGCGAGCCUUGCUACUUGCCCCGCGCUCAUAAGCCUGCAGCUCCAGCACAACCAGCUCUCUGGUGAGGUGCCGGCCGCGCUGUGGACGGAGACCAAGCUCAUGACUCUGCUUUUGCAGAACAAUGGUGGGCUCACCGGGACCCUGCCCCAGACACUGUUCUGGAACUUGACGAAGCUGUACAUCUCCAACAACAGGUUCAGCGGGGCUCUCCCAGCGGCAGGAGCCCGGCUGCAGAGGUCAUCGGACAAGGUAUCGCCGGGUCUCCGCGCGGGCCUUCUCGCAGCCGGCGCCGCGCUCCUCGUCGCGAUCGUCGCACUCGCCUUCUUCGUCAUCCGCGACGCCAAGAGACGGAAGCGGCUCGCGCCGGCCGUGGAGGCUUGGAAGCUGACCGCUUUCCAGGCGCUGGACUUCGGGGAGACCGCCGUGCUGCGCGGGCUCGCCGACGAUAACCUGAUCGGCAAGGGCGGGUCUGGGCGCGUGUACGGCGUGGAGUGCCCCAGCCGCACCGGCGGCGGCACCGCCACCAUGGUAGCCGUGAAGCGCAUAUGGACUGGCGGGAAGGUGGAGAAGAAUCUGGAGCGUGAGUUCGACUCGGAGGUGAACGUCCUUGGUCACGUCCGGCACACCAACAUCGUGAAGCUCCUCUGCUGCCUCUCCCGCGCCGAGACCAAGCUCCUCGUCUACGAGUACAUGGGCAACGGUAGCCUGGACCGGUGGCUCCACGGCCACAGGUGGGCGGCCGGGAGCGCGGGGGCUGUGGCGAAGGCCCCGUCGUCUGCCCGGCGAGCGCCGCUCGACUGGCCGGCGAGGGUGAGGGUGGCCGUGGGCGCGGCGCGGGGGCUGAGCUACAUGCACCACGAGUGCUCCCCGCCGGUGGUGCACCGGGACGUCAAGUGCAGCAACAUCCUGCUCGACGCGGAGCUCAACGCCAAGGUCGCCGACUUCGGGCUCGCCAGGAUGCUCGUCCAGGCCGCUGCUGGCACGACGACUGACACCAUGUCCGCCGUCGCCGGAACCUUCGGUUACAUGGCUCCUGAGUGUGCGUACACAAGGAAGGCGAACGAGAAGGUGGACGUGUACAGCUUCGGGGUGGUGCUGCUGGAGCUGGCCACCGGCAGGGAGGCCGGCAACGGCGGCGAGCAUACCUCGCUCGCGGAAUGGGCGUGGCGGCACCUGCAGUCGGGGAAACCCAUCGCCGAUGCGGCGGACAGCUCCAUCGGGGACGCCGGGCGCAGCAACGACUUUGAGGUCGUGUUCAAGCUCGGUGUCAUAUGCACCGGCGCUCAGCCGUCGACGCGGCCAACCAUGAAGGAUGUGCUGCAGAUACUGCUCCGGUGUGAGCAGGCCCACCGGAAAACGGUCGACGAGAAGACGGUUUCUUCAGAGUACGACGCUGCUCCGCUGCUGCCGGUGCGAGGGGGCAGUCGCCGGAAAAAGGUUUCCGACGACGACAGCAAGGGCAGCUUCGACAUCGUCUGACGAAAUACGGUAGUGGUCUCAGAAAGUCAGAAUACAUUAGUAGCAAUAAGGUACAGUAGCAAGAGUUGUGCAGUGCAGUUUCUUCGGGAGAGCAGAGCAGAUAAAAUGGUGGAAUUGACACUGUGAGCCAUCAUUCAGGUGUAUAGGCAACUAAGUUUGAUCAGAUAGUAUCAUUUUGAAAACAAGAUUGUGCAUUCAGACAUAUAUAUAGUGGACAAAUGAGGUAAACACAUCUAAAAGAUGGUUAAAUUGGA